CAGACCGGAAGUAGCCGUGGAGCUGAUCCGUAACAUCCGGUUGGCUCAAAGAUCUUGAAGUGGGUGAAAGGUGGAGAAGACGACGGGCUGUCAUUCUUCAGACACGGACACUAACUCACCUCACCUGGUUAUUUUCACCUGAAAGCGACGAUGCUGCAGAACACAGGGAAGUUAGCGGGCUGCACGCUCUUCAUCACCGGAGCGAGUCGAGGGAUCGGUAAAGCCAUCGCGCUGAAAGCCGCCAGAGACGGAGCCAACGUCGUCAUCGCCGCCAAGACGUCCGAGCCCCACCCCAAACUACCAGGGACCAUCUACACUGCUGCUCAGGAGGUGGAGGCGGCGGGAGGGAAGGCGUUACCAUGUGUGGUCGACAUCAGAGAUGAGAAGCAGAUCGGAGAAGCUGUUCAGAAAGCCGUGGACACGUUCGGAGGUAUCGACAUCCUGGUGAACAACGCCAGCGCCAUCAGUCUGACAGGAACUCUGGAGACGCCAAUGAAGAAGGUGGAUCUGAUGCUGGGGAUCAACCUGAGAGGAACUUACCUGACGUCGAAGCUGGUCAUCCCUCACCUGCUGAAGAGUCGUAGUCCUCACAUCCUGAACCUGUCGCCGCCGCUCAACCUGAACCCCGUCUGGUUCAAGAACCACACAGCAUACACGAUGGCGAAGUACGGCAUGUCCAUGUGCGUCCUGGGAAUGGCCGAAGAGUUCAGAGGUCAAAUUGCGGUCAACGCCCUCUGGCCCAGAACUGCGAUCCAGACAGCAGCCAUGGACAUGCUGGGCGGGGACGGUGUCGGCAAACAGUGUCGUACAGCGGACAUCAUGGCGGACGCCGCGUACGUCAUCCUGUCGCAGCCGAAGGACUACACGGGUCACUUCCUGGUGGACGAGGACCUCCUGAGACAGCAGGGGGUCCAAGACUUCGAUCAGUACGCCGUCCAACCAGGUCACCCCCUGCUGCCGGACUUCUUCCUGGACGAAGCUCCAGAGACUCUGGUCCAACAGAUGGAGAAACACGGGGCGACGCCAGCCUUCAAACCACCAGCAGCAUCAUCGGCCUCGUCCCCCUCCAGCGGACCAAUAGAGAGCACGUUUGACGUCAUCAGAGGCGUCAUCAAUGAAGACGUCGUCAAGUCGACACAGGGCAUUUAUCAGUUCGACCUGUCAGGAGAUCAUGGCGGUGUUUGGUUCCUGGACCUGAAGAGCGGCUCCGGCAGCGCGGGUCAGGGCGAGCCGCCGGUCAAAGCUGAUGUCGUCAUGACGAUGGACUCCAACGACUUCAGCAAGAUGUUCUCAGGUAAGCUGAAGCCGACGAUGGCCUUCAUGACGGGGAAGCUGCGGAUCAAAGGUGACAUGACGCUCGCCAUCAAACUGGAGAAACUGAUGAGCCGCAUGAACAAGGCCAAACUGUGAGGCUGAAGCCCCGCCCACCGCUCCUCUCAGGCCCCGCCCCCUCGCCACAGCUGUACACGAUGCCUUAAAAAAAUCUAAACACAGUAAUGUUAAUAAUGUCGAUAACCACAUUAAUAAAACCUUCAUUAAUAAAACCUUCAUUAAUAAAA